AUGCCACCACCACCACACCCCCUGCGCUCGGAUCUCACAGUUGCUGCUGACAAAACUACGAUUAUAGCGCUUUCCUUAUCCACAUACAUGCAGCGAGAAGAAAAAAAAACGGCAUUUUACUUGCUUCUUCUUUUUCUUGAUCGUUUUUUCUCCUCCUCUUUUUUUCUUUCGUCCUUCCUUUCAUUAUUUCCUCUCACUACCACUGCCGAGGUUCAGCUAAUAAUUUUUUUCAUUAUCUAUCUAUCUAUCUAUUUGUCUACCAAACCCUUCAUAUCUAUAUAUCUAUCAAUUUGUUCAUAUCUCUUUCUGCUCAUAUCUAUCUAUCUAUCUAUCUAUCUAUCUAUCUAUCUAUCUAUGUGUAAAUAUAUGCAAAAAUAUUUUAUCCAUCUAUAUUUAUUCGUAUAUCUAUCUAUCUAUCUCUUCAUUUUCUACCUCCCUGUCUGUCUCUCUCUAAUCAUUUUCUAUCUAUCUCUCUAUUUAAAUCACAUCCUAUCUAUCUAUCUAUCUAUCUAUCUAUCUAUCUAUCUAUCUAUCUAUCUCUUCAUUUUCUACCUCCCUGUCUAUCUAUCUAUCUCUUCAUUUUCUACCUCCCUGUCUAUCUAUCUCUCUUCAUUUUCUUCUGUUCAUAUCUAUCUAUAUUUAUUUAUUUAUAUCUAUCUCAAUCUGUUUAUUAUCUAUUUAUCUCAGUUUCUUCAUAUCUAUCUAGAUCUUUUCCUACCUAUUCAUAUCUAUCUAUCUAUCUAUCUAUCUAUCUUAGCCUGUUCACUAUCUAUUUAUCUAUCCCAAUCUCGUAAUAUCUAUCAAUGUAUCUAUCUAUCAAGCUAUCUAAAUCUCUUCUUAUCUAUCCAUCUGAGUCAGUUCAUUCUCUAUCUAUCUAUCUAUCUAUCUAUCUAUCCCAGUCGGUUCAUGUAA